AGAGCGUUAGUGAGGUCAGGCACUGAUGUUGAGCGAGGAGGUCUUCCAGUUCAUCCCAGAGGUAUUCAAUGGGAUUGAGGUCAGGUCUCUGUGCAGGACACUCGAGAUCUUCCACUCCAAGCUUUGGCAAACCAUGUCUUCACAGAGCUCGCUUGGGGCAUUAUCAUGCUGGAACAGGUUGGCGCCUCUUAGUUCUGGUGAAGGGAACUUGUAACCCCUGCUCAAAAAAACCCCAAAAGAAACCAUUGCAGAAAUUCUAAUGGUUUACACUACAAACACUGGCUGUUAAUCAUUAAGACCAGUAGGACGUAGGUCCUUAAUGGUAUUCACUAGACAUAACAUGCCACCAAAUUACCAGUAGAAACCCACAGGGACCAUUACAGUUUCCAUUAAAACCAAUGGAAGUGUUAGCUCAGUGGUUAAGACGUUCAAAUCCCAGCUCUGCCAAGCCCUUGAGCAAGGCCUUUAACCCUCUCUGCUCAGUUGUACAGUAUAAAUGAGAUAAUUGUAUGUCGCUUUAGAUAAGGGCGUCUGCCAAAUCCAUCCAUCUUCUAUACCACUUAUCCUUUUCAGGGUCACAGGGGAACCUGGAGCCUAUCCCAGGGAGCAUCGGGGCACAAGGCGGGGUAAACCCUGGACAGUGUGCCAAUCCAUCGCAGGGCACACUCACAUACACAUUCACACACUACGGACACUUUGGACACGUCAAUCAGCCUACCAUUGCAUAGCAUGUCUUUGGACUGGGGGAGGAAACCGGAGUACCCGGAGAAAACCCCCACAGCACGGGGAGAACAUGCAAACUCCACACACACAGGGCCACGGUGGGAAUCGAACCCCCGACCCCGGAGGUGUGAGGCGAACGUGCUAACCACUAAAAGCCACAGUGCGCCUGUAAUGUAAUGUUAUAUAAUGUUAUAUAAUACAAAUUCCCAUCACAAACUCGGUUGUUUUUCCCAGCAGGGACGCUACAAAGACUUUUUAUUGAGACAAUUGUGUGCUUCAAACAGUCUGAAGAAGGAGCACAUAUAGUUGUGAUGAUCAGGUGUCCACAUACUUUCGGCCAUGUCGUGUAUAUUAGUACUAUGUGACUUUUAUUUUGACAGUAAUCCUACUUAAAUCCACCCGGAUGUAAAAAUGAGCUAAUUUGCUUUAUUACUGUUUCUGGUGUAACCGUGCAAUAGAGAAGAGAAGCACAUGUUUACACCCCCCAACAUUACAAUAAUAAAUAAUAAUAAUAAUAAAGUAAAUCGCAUUAGCCGCAGAAAUGGUCCGGGGGUGUGCUUUUCCCAGCUGCACCAACAAGAUGACUAAAAGAAGUGGACUCAGUUUUCACCGUCUUCCUUUCCACACCCCGAGAACCCUGCACUUGUGGCUGCUCGCCCUGCGGAUGGACGUCAACACCCCGAGGAAUAAACUCCGCGCGGCGGAUCUGAGAGUGUGUGGAGCUCACUUCUCUGAUCAGGACUUCUUCACAGAAACCGCCCGCAAAACCACACGCAAACUCCGGUGUCUGAAGAGAUCAGCUGUCCCUCAUUCGGACCCGGGGCAUUUCUGGGGCAUGACUGAACCUGAGGAUUGUAUCCUAAAAGAUGAGCCCCGGCCAGUGAUUAUAGGGCAAUAUGAGAUUGUUACAGUGCCUCAAGCUGAUCACAAAGCUGUCAAGAGCCUUCAGCCUUCUUAUCAAGGAACUGACAUUUUUAAGAGUAGUGAGGUGCUGGUGAACACACACUGUCUGCUGGAGCUUUUCCAGUUCUGCUGGCUUUGUCAGAAAGAGUGCUGUAUUACCAUUGAGGGCAAUGAGAAGCUGUUUUCAGUCACCCAGGACUGCCAGAGUUGUGGACACCACAGAGACUGGAGGAGUCACCCGCCUUCAGCCGAACCUGCAGAAACAUUUCAUAAUGAACCCAAAGACCAUGUAGAGACAUUUGAUGAAAAACGUGAGGAUAAUAAUGAUGCAAAUUCAUACAUAGAGGUAGAACACACGUUGGAGCCUGGAGAUGAGGAUAGUGAGGAGGUUGUGGUCCAGAUUGGGUCAUCGGAUCAUGAGGGCAGUGAGCAAAGCUAUGAGCAGAUGUACAUCGAAACAGAUGGGUCAUAUUUUUCAAGCACAGAAGAGGAAACAAGCUUGCAGGAAGAGAUGAAGAAGAAGUAUAAAAAGUCUAAAAGUAAAGACAGUUCAGAUGAAUGGCAGCCAGAUUUGGGUGAAGUGGCCACCGACUCCGAUGUGUCCAUGGAUGAAGAUCUGUUCACAGCUUUAAAGGAGGACGGUCAGGGUAAACUUGUGGUGUGGUGUACACAAUGUGGGACCGAGGCCUCGCUCUCCUGUUCUGUCCUUCGGCACAAAAAGGUGUUCUGCUGCGCUCGGUGUGAUGCUGGCGGCGAUACUGAGAUGCUUAGUUUAGAAAAACUAGCAGUUCGUUUUGACGACUUGGCCAGUUUUCAGAAACAUGCUGAACAGGACCACGGUGUAAAGACAUUCUAUAAGCUGUGCCAGGAAUGUGGCAAGUUUGUUAUAGCGGACCCUCAAACUAAAGGUUUGAAAGAACAUAAAUGUGAACAAAAGAUCCAAUUCAUUGUCUGUCCGGAGUGUGGGAAAAGAUUCCUCACUGAGGUCGGCUUAAAGAGACAUUGUACCAAACUCCAUGAGGACGCCGACCACCCAUGUAAAUACUGUUUGAAGGUGUUUAAGAACAGACCAGCAAAACUGGAACAUGAACAGACUCAUCCUAAGGAAAGACAGCCAUACAGCUGUCCAGACUGUCCAGAGAAAUUUGACAAUCUUUACAAACGCAAUAACCACGUCAAAUCCCACCGAGGUCCAUAUAAGUAUUUGUGUGAUAUAUGUGAAAAGCGCUUUAAAGAUCUCCACAGGCUGAGGAGGCAUAAGCUCAUCCACUCUGGAGAAAAGCCUUUCAAAUGCCAAGUGUGUGAGCGUUCCUUCAACCAGAUGGAAAACCUCACUUCCCACAUGCGGGUCCACACUGGAGAGAAACCUUUCAUGUGUGAGCAAUGCGGAGAGUGUUUUAACCACAACGUCAGCCUGAAGAACCACAAGCAACGACACCAUGACUUGGUUUUGAGUCAGGAGGAAGACGACACGGGGUGAACUAGAGAAUAAGGAACUGAAAACAGCGAUGGAUGUUCCAUAACAAAAGUCAGACCACAUGACCACAUGAAAUGAAUACAAUGGAACAUGAUACAGUGUUGCCAUAAUGUGUCUGUUUUUUCCUCCUCUUGUAGUUUGAGUACUAUUCAGGCAGAGAUGUUGCUUCCCUAAUGAGUUUCCUUUUGAAUGCCAUGUACAUUUAUUGUUGGGCGUUUAAAACCAAAAUCACUGCUUGAUUGGGUGGGAAGCAAUACAAACAAGCACUUUCAGGAGUGUCAUCAUACUUAAGAAAAUGGAAAGCAUGCUAAUUAUUACCUCACCUACCCACGUGAAAGUAAUUCCAUCUGAAUAUGACCUACAGUAACUGGAACUAUAGACUUUAAAAGCACCCCGUGGAGCCAUGACCUGUAAAGAGACCAAAUAAUAAUGAUCAGAAAGAGAAAUUAUGGGUUAUUUAAUUUGCACGUACCCCAAUGGGUUCCUCAAAGGUUCUUUGGAUGGUUACGGGUUCUAGAUUCCUUAAGAAGUUCAGUUUGUAACCAUUUUACUAGAUGGGAAGCCCCUAUUUUCUACCUCGUUCAUUUACCCCAAGUGUUCGGAACAUUUGCUGAGAUGUGAAAGCUGAGCUCACCUUGGAGAGGUGCAUGGAACUGUUCCCUGAACUGGGGCUUGCUUCAAUUGAAUCGCUUAUGAUCUGUGUCGGGUGUGGAAAUUGUCCACUCUCAGCACUGCAUGUCGAGUAACUUGAUCGGUUUAUCAUGUUACUUCCUGGUUAAAAGUUUCUUGAUGGUGGGAAAAGGGUUGUCAUGGUCAGAAGAGACAAAGUCCCUUAUCAAGAUGUUAUACAUGCAAAUGGACACAACCGAUAAAAUCACUGAAUUGUUUUUAUAUAUGCAGGCAGCUUCAGCUACAAUUCCAGCACUGUUUGUUUUGGUACCGAAAAAAAAAAGCAUGGAUUAACCUUCAUGUACAAAAGUGACGUACAGAAUUGCACAAUCGAUCAAUGGUUUGGAAGGAAUUCUUUUAUGUGAAAGCAAACCUGGGUGCAGACUCAUGUAUUCGGGCCAAGUACGAAAAUGUCCCUAGAAACAUUCAAAAGUUCUCUGAAAUGGACAAACCAAAGAACCUUAUAGAGUCCUAGAUAAAAAACCCUUUUUUCUAAGACUGCUGAUGAAUACAUCUGACCCUAUGACAUAGGUCUUUAUCCUUUUAAAUAGUCAUUUAUGUCUAAAACUAUAAAAAUAUAAAGAGUAAUGUGGAAUUCUGGAAGGAUUUAUCAUUCAUUUGUCACAAAUGUUUUGAAAAAUUGUCCAAAACCAAACCACAACGAAUACAAAAUAUUUCCAGACUCUUUUAUGCAUAUGCACCAUUCCUGGUGGUUGAAAAGCAGACAUGCUGUGGUUGACCAACAAUAAUGUAUUGUAUACAAGGUUUUAUUGUAUUCCUUGAGAGAAAAUAUGGAUAUCUUUUGUUGAAAGAUACGUAAAUGACCAUCUGAGCACAUCACUGUUCUCUAUAAUAAAAAUAUAAAUUUAUCACUGGGUAAAAUUACCUGAAGAGCAUGGUUUUAUUUCUAAAUCUACACUGUAGGUUUAACUAGGAUAGGAAUAAGUCAUGUUUUCCGAGUCUGGGUUAAAACGUGGUGGGAAAUGAUCAACACUGCGAAGACACCAAGGCGUGUCACAAUACCAGAUCCAUGUGGUCCUGACGCCUAUGAUAAGAUGUUCUUUAUUCCCAUCUGAUGGUCUGUUAAUUGGAAAGCUGGGAUCAAAUACUGAAAUGUUCUUUGCUUUAAUUACAAGUAUAUAACCAAUGCAUAAAAAUCAUAGUGACUUUAGAUAGAGGAGCAUAAAGGUAUUGUUGCUCUUGCUUAAUUUGGACCGUGACGUUUGACUGAAAAGAGAAGCUCUACCUUGUCGAGUUAAAGGAAUUACUAUUUAUGACUGUUUGUGUUUUGUGAUAACAAGACCACUGUUGGCUGGAGAGUUUUGUUUGGCAGACUGUUCUUAAGCUGUCUUAUGAACAAGCUCCAAGUGAGACACUUGUACCAGAGCAGUACCCUAACAGCAUUACAGUGUCGGUAUAAGCGCUUGAGAAUGAUCCACCACUUAAAUAAAGUGUUUAGGCUUAUAUAGUCAUAGGCUUAAGCUGAUUGAACUAAAUGCAUGAACCAGAAUGUUAUUGAAAGCAAGAUUUGCCAAUUGUGUGCUUCAGUGUGUAAAGUUUUCUGAAAAUAGUAUCU